GGAAGUAGUAAACAAGGCAAGGUAAAGGGUUGGAAGGAUAGCGGGUAGUAAAUUCGCGUUAUUUCUUUCAUUUCUAUGUUUGUAUUUUUGUCUGUCGUAUAACAAGCUGUACCUUAUUCGUUGUGCAUGUCAGGAUAAACUCGUCAUAGUUAACUUUGAAGCUUCUCAGGCUAAUUUAGCUUGCUAGCUGAUGAACAAGAGACGCGUAAAUUAUCAACACAUCGCUGAGCUCAAGUGUGAGUCUAGGGUGUUAUGAUUGUGUGAAAAUGUGUAAAGUACAAAUGCUGAGAGCGUUGGUGAAUCAGCGGCUAACUGCGGUGGUUGAAGAAAUAUUUAUAGUGUUAGAAAGAACGAUAGCAGAGUACGAGGAGGAACUUUCUCGAAGAAAAGACGAGAACGAGCGACAGCGUCAACUACUGGACGCCUUUUUCAAGAAGCAAGACGUUCUGUUACACAGAGCAGAUGUCAGUGAAGAAGAUCUUCCCUCUGAGAAGCAAGAGUGGAGUUCCUGGAUGGAGCAAGAGGAGCCCCAGCCCCUACGCAUUAAAGAGGAAGAGGAGGAUCACAGCGUCAGUCAGAAGGGAGAACAUCUUGAAGAGCUGGAGGAGUUUCUAUUGAUUUGUGUCCCUGUAAAGAGUGAAGAUGAUGAGGAGAAAAAAGAAGUGGAGCCUCCAAGCAGCAGCUCAACUCAACACAUAACAGAAGCUGAUGGAGACCACUUUGGCAGAUCGGACGACAUCUUAGCUCCACUAUCAGAUAGUGAUGACACAACGUCACACUCUCCUGACACUGACGAAGAAGACUCUAAAGCUGAUAUGACAUGUGACACUGACAACACACAUUGGAAAUGCUCUCAAUGUAACAAAACCUUUAAUUACCAUAGUAAUCUGAAAAUACACAUGAGGACUCACACAGGAGAGAAACCAUACGUCUGUUCAGUUUGUGGUAAAAGGUACUCUCAGAAGGUACAUUUGACAAUACACACAAGAACACACACCGGAGAGAAACCUUUUUCAUGUUCAGUGUGUGGUAUUGGCUUUGUACGAAGGGAUGAGCUGAAAAUACACACAAGAAUACACACCGGAGAGAAGCCUUUUUCCUGCUCAGUGUGUGGUGUAGGUUUUGUACGAAAUCAAGAUUUAAAAAGACACAUGAGAAUACACACCGGCGAGAAAGUGUUCAGUUGCGGUGUGUGUGAAGAAAGAUUCUCUUAUAAGUACCAGGUUAACAAUCACAAGUGUGCUGGUGAGAGCAGUCACAGGAAAUGAAGCUGCAGGGCUUUAAUUAAAUUGUCAGGACUUCUAACAGCAUAACAUGUGACAGCAUUGUUGUGUGUCUAGCACAA